AUAAAAAAGCUUCACUCCACACGGCAAAGCUCAAAGGAAGGCAAGCAGACGACGGCGAGCACGACGGUGAGCACAACGGUGAGCGCGAACCAGGCGAACGGCGAGCGUGAAAGCGAGUCAUCAAAGCGCGACAAGGAACGGCAGCAAACGAAACGCGACGGUGCCCUAAACUCAACGACGUCCUCUUUCUUGGUUUCUCCCUAUUUCAAACUCGCAAAAUAGCUACAAAAUCACCCACGGAGCCUUUGCAGUUCUCGUCAAUUUACCAGCGUCACCAUAGAAGAAUACCCUAUCUUCUGUCUCAUUAUUAGGGCAAGAUGACUCGUUCUAAAGCCAACUCGAAGAAACAGCAUGGCAUUGACUUUAAGAAAAUAAGGCGAAAGAUUGGGAGGAAACUGCCACCACCUAAGAAUACAACAAAUACUGAGAUUAAAUCUAAAGCAAUUGUUCUGCCGGAACAGAGUGUGGCAGCAGAGAAGGUUGGUUUGGCUGUAAACAAGAAGGGUUUGACUUUAAAAGAACUUCUCCAGCAAACAUCUCAUCACAAUCCAAAAGUUCGUAGAGAAGCAUUGAUGGGUAUUAAGGAUUUAUUCACCAGACAUCCAGCUGAACAGAAGUUGCACAGGUAUGUCACGGUAGAAAAACUUCGCGAGCGCAUUGGUGAUGAUGAUAAAGUGGUUCGGAAAUCAUUGUAUGAUCUCUUCAAAAUUGUGAUUUUACCUUGCUGUAAAGAGGACAAUCAAGAGCUGGUCGAUUCUUUAUUGAUGCCUUACAUUUUUAAUGCAAUGACUCAUUUUUCGGUUGAUGUUCGGAUGAUGGCAUUUGAUUUUCUUGAUCUCAUUCUCGAGUUCUAUCCUCCUUCCUUUUCACCCUUGUAUGCAGAAAAGAUUUUUCUGAAUUAUGAGGAUAUUCUAAGGAGGAACCAAUACUAUUUACAAGAUAAAGGAAAACUAAAGGAAGCUCUUUCUGGGUUGGUGCGCUGCUUGUCACUCCUUCCAUGGAAUAAAGCACAAACUGAUUUGCCGAAUAAGGAUGAUACUGGCCGAAGGGUAUUGUUUGCCUAUGAUGAUGAAAUGUCUAUGAACUCAAAUGGUUUUUCUAAUAUCGUGAAGAGUUUGAAGGAUCUAGUUCCACCAUUAAUGAAUAUUUUUCUGGAGUUUAUUCCAUUGAUUCAUUCGAUGGAAAGUCUUGAAGGGAAGUCUUUUGCUUGUAUGAUAUCCAUUCUGCAUAGCAUAGAUCUUAUAGUUAGGUCUAUUACUCAUGGGAGUGACAAGAAAUCAGAAUAUCCAAGUUCUCAAGGUGGACCUGAUGUGGCUGAUGUUACCAUCUCUUCCGCACUCCUCAAGAAAUUAUUUCCUCGUUUUCCACUCAAUCCCACUGAUCAUCUUUCAGCAAGGGACUGUGGUAGGUUGCUUGACUUGAACAUGGUCAUUACCAAAAUAUUUUUUGAAUUAAAUGAAUGGAUGUGUCUUCCUCCACAUUUGUUGGAGAGAUUUCUUGAAUUUUUUGAAAAUGCUCUGCUUGGGAAGUUCUUCUGGACUACGCAGUCUGCUAAGGCUGUCUGGGAAGAAGAGCAUUUAGUUCUACUCCUUCCAUUUAUUCCAAAAAUUGUUUCACGUGGGGUAGGCGAUUGGACAUCACGCCUUCUUCAGGCUUUUACCCUGACAUUUAGGGAAUGCAAGCCAGGUUCUUUGCUGAAAGCCUGUGUUUCUGCCAUUGAAGAUGUGUUAACUUACAUGGAAGGCAUGCAUUCCACAGGGACAAGCAAUCCACAGUAUAUAGUUCUUCAAGAGGCUUUACGUGCAUGGACUGGAGAUCUCCCUCGGUUGCUUAUCCAGCUUGGAGAUAAUCACCCAGCCUGCUCCCAGGCUUUGAUUCGUCUUCUACAUCGAAUUGGACAGCGUGCUUGGAAUCCAGCACUUGUUUGCAUGUAUAACAACAUGCAGCAGUCAUUGCAAGAUUUUUACUGUACAUAUCAAGAGGGAGGACCGAUAUGUUUUGGUCCUUUUCUCAGGCUUCCUAGAGAAUCUCAAGUUCUCGCUUUAUGUUCCAUUUACUAUUUCUCUCAUUUGGACCUGCCUAUUUUAAAGUCAUUAGUCUAUUGUUGCCUAAGUGAUGAUCUAGACUCCUAUGUCUUAUUUUGGAUCAUAGACGUUCUCCAGUUAGCCUAUGAGCGGGGGUGUAUAGAAAUUGCGGAUUACUUGAGUUUUUUCAUCACCUUGGUCGCACGUUUCAAAGUUUCUCCUGAAUUUGGUUCCUCUGGUUUUAAGGGUGACCCACUUUGCCAAACUUUAAAGUCAAUGACAGCUAAGAUUUACUCAGGCAUUCAACAGAUGGGUGACAAAGCUAUUGUUCUACGGUUGAUAGAGAGAUUGAUUAUUGAUCAGAUAUCACAAAAGCCUUCUUUGGAUAAUAGAUGCUCUCUCCUGAGAAUGGUUGUUUCAGUUGAUUCGAAGCCCACACUACUUUCUGAACAAAGCAUUGCCACUCUAGGCCAUCAUCUUUCGGAAUAUCUGAUAGAUGUUGUGCAGUGCGUUCCAGAAGAUGAUGGACAAAGAACACCUUCCUUUCCAUUCAGCUUCCGGUGUUAUUAUACUGUACCUUGUUUUUUCAUGUUGGACCGGUGCCAUGAACUUAUGAAUCUUGUGUUGAAGAAAUUGGGAUCGGUUAUAUAUGAUAGUAGCGUUUUAUUAAAAUCUGACAAAUGUAGUCAAGAUGUAAGGAACUGCUUGAAUAAGGUGAAUGCUGUCACUUCUGCUCUUUCCUUGUUGCACGGGGAUCCUCAAACACGACGGAUUAUGUCUCUAUACAAGAAAAAUAUUGAUAACGUCAUAGAGCAAGUUAUUUGUUUACAGGUAGGUUCUACCCUGAUGAACAAGAAAAACUAUUGACUGUUUAUUAUGGAGGUUGCUGUCCAUUAGUAUAACUUAUCUUUUCCAUUGGAUGAAUCAAAAUUGUGUUUAGUAAAGGUGUUCAGUAUUUUUGUGAUUGUCUAUAAUCCACUGUAUAGAUAGUUACACUUAUGCAGUGAGCAUAGUUACAAUCUGCACCAUAU